CGCUGCCGCUAUGCUCUAGCGCCAAUAUGAGAGUCUUCGUGGCGCGUUGAGCUUCUCCGUGCCAGUCCACAUGCAGGCCAAGAAGCGCUACGUGCUAGCGUUGGCGGCAGCUUGCGCCAUGCUGCUCGCCUACAUCUGCACUCUACACACCACCGAGCUCCAGACGCGCAGUGCAGAGCCGCACUUUCACGCCCUUCUUCAAGAUACUCAGCACCCAUACGUGUAUCUGGAGGAAGCAGAACCAGAAGAGUACGGACCGCUGGUGCUUCUGCGGCGCGAGAUCCAAAGCAACAUGUACAAGAGCCGGCGUUGUCGCAUGGACACAUGCUUUGACUUCGGCCGGUGCCAGGGUGCCUUCCGUGUCUACCUGUACCCACCAGGUACAAGCACGGUCACAGGAAUUUCCGAAAAUUACCGGAAAGUCCUGGCAGCCAUCGAGGACUCGCAGUUCUUUACCAGCGAUCCAAGUGAGGCGUGCCUUUUUGUGCUCAGUGUAGACACGCUGGACCGAGACAAGCUCUCGCCUCAAUAUGUGCAGGAUGUUAGAACUCAGAUCCAGAACCUUCCACUGUGGAACGAUGGCAGGAACCACCUGAUCUUUAACCUGUACUCUGGGACGUGGCCUGACUAUGCUGAGGAUUUGGGAUUUGAUGUAGGGCAGGCCAUGUUGGCCAAGGCCAGCAUUGACGUGCAGAACUUCAGGCGCCAUUUUGACGUUUCAAUACCUCUUUUUUCCAAAGACCACCCCCAGAAAGGAGGGGAAAAAGGUUAUUUGACAUCCAACAAUGUCCCACCUGCAAGGAAAUACCUUCUGGUGUUCAAGGGGAAGAGGUACCUUACUGGAAUUGGUUCAGAAACCAGGAACGCUUUGUAUCACAUACAUAAUGGGGAAGAUAUGAUUUUGUUGACCACCUGCAAGCACGGGAAAGACUGGGAGAAGCACAAAGACGCCAGGUGUGACCAGGACAAUGAAGAAUACUCAAAAUAUGAUUACCAGGAGCUGCUACACAACUCAACUUUCUGCCUGGUACCUCGUGGCCGGCGACUCGGGUCUUUCCGCUUCCUUGAAGCCCUGCAGGCGGCGUGUAUCCCUGUAUUAUUGAGUAACGGAUGGGAGCUGCCUUUCUCUGAGGUCAUCGACUGGAGUAAAGCUGCCAUCGUAGGAGAUGAGAGAUUACUACUGCAGAUUCCCUCCAUCACCAGGUCUGUCGAUGCAGAGCGAAUCUUGGCUCUGAGACAGCAGACACAGUUCCUGUGGGACUCCUACUUCUCCUCCGUGGAUAAAAUUGUCUUAACCACAUUAGAGAUCAUCCAGGACAGGAUAUACACCUAUACAUCAAGAAGCAUGCUGAUGUGGAACUCACUCCCCGGUGGACUCUACACACUCCCCCGGUUUUCUUCAUACACCACCCUUUUCCCCUUUUACUACGGAAUCCUGGGUAAGACUCCUCAGCAGGAGUUCACAGCUGUUAUCCAAGCAGUAGCGCCUCUUCAGUCUCCUCAGCAGCCCAUCCUCAAGCUCAUCAUCGCUGUUGCCAAGUCCAAGUUCUGUGCUCAAAUCAUCGUUUUGUGGAACUGUGACAAACCUUCACCUCCCAGAAGCAAAUGGCCGUCCAUCAGCGUCCCUCUGACCGUCAUUGAGGAAGAGAGAAAGACGAUGAGUCGGCGUUUUUUCCCUUAUGAUGUCAUUGGGACUGACGCCGUGCUCAGCCUGGACGAGGACUCUGUUCUGUCCACGAAUGAGGUGGAUUUCGCCUUCAUCGUGUGGCACAGUUUUCCCGAGCGCAUAGUCGGAUAUCCGGCACGCAGCCAUUACUGGGACGCCACCAAGGGGAGGUGGGGCUACACGUCCAAGUGGACCAACGAGUACUCCAUGGUACUGACGGGCGCCGCCUUCUACCACAGGUACUAUCAUUUCCUCUACACUCACUACCUGCCCGGUCGUCUCCUCUCCAUGGUCGACCAGCUCGCCAACUGUGAGGACAUUCUUAUGAACUUCCUCAUCUCCACGGUAACCAAGCUGCCACCAAUCAAAGUCACACAGAAGAAACAGUACAAGGAGACGAUGAUGCAACAGGGUUCGAAGUCAUCGCGCUGGGCUGACCCGGACCACUUCGCCCAGCGGCAGUCCUGCAUGAACUCCUUCGCUGCGUGGUUCGGCUUCAUGCCACUCAUUCACUCGCAGCUCCGUUUGGAUCCCGUCCUGUUCAAAGACCAGGUCUCCAUCCUGCGCAAGAAAUACAGAGACAUCGAGAGACUAUAGAGACGCGUGACUCAGCCUCGGAGACCUCGGUUCAACACCGACGUCUGGAAUCUAUGGAUGCUUUUUAUGAGUCAUGUGCUGAUUGGCAUGGACUUGGCCUCACGCAUAUAACUUCUGCAAAGUCAUUUCAUUUAAAAUAUAUGCAACUCCAGGUUUUGUCUUCUCUAAUGGCUCCAAUGGGGGUAUCUGAGAAUUCAGCACCAAGGACUUUCCAUCCUCGUCAUUACAGUCCAUUGCAGAGCCAGUCGUUACUAAUAGGACCCACUCGUAAAAAAGGAAGGAUGGCCGAAGUCGAGGUCACGGGAAUGACGCCCGAAAUCACACCAAUGCCUGCAAUAUGUACAUUUAGUUCCCUUAUUUUUUGUACGAUUUUGCCUUUUUUAAAAGAAGUCUAAAGUCAAA